AUUGAAGAAUUGAACUUUGUCAAACGAAUGUACUCUCCAGCUGAGAUUUGAACUGAUAAGACGAUGAUGCUUGCCGAGGCCGCAGCGGUGGCUGCCGCGGUGGCUCCGCCACCAUAUGUAGUAAAUACUUUCACAUUUCGGAGAGCCAUGGUACUGCAACCUAUUCCCCUCGCUGGCAGCGGCAAUGUCGUAAACCUUACUAGUUGCAGGAGGAAGAGAAGGGCGGCGGCAGUGGAGGUUCAAGGUUCUUACACUCGUAGGCCCAUGGACACCCCCGGCGCUUACGAGCUUAUCGACAAUGAUACAAGAGAGAAAGUCAUAGUUUGGGGAGGAGUCGAGAAUGACGAUGACGACUCUGCUAUCCCUUCGAAGGAACUUCUCUCCGCCUGGAAAUCCAAGAGCCGUGCAAAGGGCCGUACUGGCGGCGACGUUAAAGCAUCUAACAAAACUCUGGCGGGAAGUUUUAGCAGAUUGAAAUUCCAUAAAAUGAAAGCUCUUGUGAAGAAAAGCUAUACAAAAGAGCAAGAAGGUGAUUUUCGUGAUCAUGGUGAACGAAAUGCUAGGGUAUCUGUCAUUUCAGAAGUUGAUGAUUUUGGAGAACAAGAGAGAUUUGACCUUCUUGAUGAUAGUUCAAGAUCUGUACAAGCACUGGAUUCAGAAGUUUUGCUGCAAAAACUCAGGAGAAGGAUGGUCAAGGAUUCCUCCGAUACAGCUAAUGAAAAUGAUGUUAGGCAGCUUCACAUUCAAAAUAAGGAGUCUGAUACUAAAUCUAUCACACAAACCCUUUCUGCUUCAAAAGAUUCUGUUAAUCACGUGGGAGGAUGGGGUAAGGUAGAUGACUUUUACAGGCAAAAGAGGAUGUUAAAUGACAGUAAUAAUUUUUUCAGUAAAAAAUCAUUUCAAGAUUUGGGGUGCAGUGACUACUUGAUUGAAUCUUUAAGGAAGCAGAUGUUUGGAUUCCCUUCACAUAUUCAGGCAAUGGCAUUUGAACGUGUUAUUGAAGGAAAGAGCUGCAUUAUAUCUGAUCAAAGUGGAUCUGGAAAGACUUUGGCAUAUCUUCUUCCACUUAUUCAACGCCUUAGAGAAGAAGAGCUUCAAGGACUUGGUAAACCAUUGUCACAAAAUCCUCGGGUCAUUGUAUUGACACCAACUGCUGAGUUGGCUUCUCAGGUUUUGAAUGUUUGCCGAUCAUUUUCAAAAUCUGGUGUUCCAUUUAGAUCUGUAGUUGCAACAGGUGGGUUUCGGCAGAGGACCCAACUGGAGAAUCUUAGGCAGGAGUUGGAUGUUCUGAUAGCUACACCUGGUCGAUUCAUGUUUCUAGUUAAAGAGGGUCACUUGCAUUUAACAAACCUUAAUUGUGCUGUGUUGGAUGAGGUAGACAUACUUUGUAAGGAUGAAGAUUUUGAGACUGCACUACAAUGUCUUGUUAACUCUUCACCUGUCACUGCACAAUUUCUAUUUGUGACUGCAACUUUACCAGUUGAUAUAUACAACAAGUUGGUUGAAAACUUCCCUGACUGUGAGCUUAUAACUGGUCCUGGUAUGCAUCGCACAAGCACUGGCUUAGAGGAGGUCCUUGUAGAUUGUAGUGGAGAAGAAGGAUCAGAAAAAACCCCAGAUACAGCAUUCCUCAACAAGAAAAAUGCACUUUUGCAGUUGAUGGAGGAACGCCCUGUCCCCAAGACAAUUGUUUUCUGUAACAAGAUUGAGAGCUGCAGAAAAGUUGAAAAUGCAUUAAAGCGCUUUGACAGGAAAGGAAUCUAUGUUAGAGUAUUACCAUUUCAUUCCGCUUUGGAUCAAGAAAUGAGGCUUGCUAGUAUGAAAGAGUUCCGCAGCCCUCAGCCGAAGAACGUGUCUAUGUUCUUGGUUUGCACCGACAGAGCAUCUAGAGGUAUAGACUUCACGGGAGUGGACCAUGUAGUGCUGUUUGAUUUUCCUCGUGAUCCAAGCGAAUAUGUGCGCCGUGUUGGGAGAACAGCCAGAGGGGCUGGAGGAAAAGGAAAAGCGUUCAUAUUUGUGGUAGGUAAGCAAGUUUCUCUUGCUCAGAGGAUAAUCGAAAGGAACAAGAAAGGUCACCCAUUGCAUGAUGUACCAUAUACCUAGGACCAUGUACAAAGUGUCAAUUCUCAAAUAAUACCAAUGGAACUAUCUACUUCUACUA